GAGAGAAAGCAGAGGCACACACUCAGACUCUGUGCGUGUGUGCGGACUCUCACACUCCUCUCUCUUUCUCUCUCUUCUCUCUCCUCGCGUUUUUUAGAGAGAGAAAGUUGUUAUGGCCGACUGUAAGCGAAUGGCGGUGGUGGACUCCUCCGGCGAGGACUCUCCGUCUAAGAGGAGGAGAAUCCUCGCUACUCCAGAGACAAUGCUUCGUCGUCGUCGUCAUAAUCAGCUCGGCGAUUCUCGUGGUUUCAAGCUCCUUCGCCGUUCCACGAGUUCCUGCUCCGCCGACGUCGAGCACUCGCUGCAUUCCUCUUGCUGCUCCUGCAAUGAGCUCCACGACGUCGUUUUCAUCACCUCGCCGCUUCUGGAUCUGGAGGCCAAGAGUUUUGAAACCGACUACUACACCGCUCCGCCAAGCCAUAAAUUCAGCAGGGAAACGACGCCGUCGAGCGAGCUGUGCCUGGAGAACUCCGAAGAGAUGGAUUCACCGGCGGUGAGCAAAUCGCCGCCAAGUGACGAGAUCGAAGAGUUCUUCGCCACGGCCGAGAAGUACGAGCAAAAGCGCUUCGCAGAAAAGUACAACUUUGAUAUCGUGAAGGAGGCGCCGUUGGAGGGACGGUACCACUGGGUUCGUUUGAAGCCAUGACUCAGAGGUGUGGCAGAGAGACAGAUAAUAAUAAACUGACACUAGAUUUGGGGUGUUGGGUUGUUAAUUGCAGGCCGCAGAUUCUUACUGGGGUUUUAACCCUUUGUUUGUUUUCUAUCGCUACCUCCCUCCCUCUUAUCCUGCGUUUGUUUACGUCUUUUGCUCAGAGACUUUUUCCUUUGGAAUAUGCUUUUUCCGAAUGAUGAUAAGGAUUCCUUCUGUUAGUUAGAGUGGGGACCAACCUAGACAAACCUACAGCCUAGCUACGUGCCAAUAGAGAAAGUGCCCGUAUUAUAUUGAAGCCUUUUGGCUUCACGUUUUGGAAG